AUGGAGGGCGGAUCACGAGAUCGCUCGGUCAGCGCUGGCCCAGAGCCUACAUCAGCCACAUCCGAAAAGCACCCCGCGCCCCCUGGCAGCAAUGGGCCUUCAGAUGCUGCUGUAAACAAACGAAGGCGUGGCCUUGGAGUAGUCACACCCAAUGCUUGCACCGAGUGCCGCAAGAAGCGCGCCAAGUGCGACGGAAAUAAACCAUGCGGAAGGUGCAAGUCUCAGGGAGUCGAAUGUAUAUACGAAGUCCCAGUUCGACAGUCCAAGGAGAACCUCCGGAGUGAAAUUGAACAGCUUCGAAAGCAGCAGCGACAGAGUGAUUCCGUCUUGACUGCGCUUGUGAAGCCAGAGUUGUGGGAAGAAGUUCUCACUCGAAUACGCUCCGGGCAGAGCGUGGAAGGCAUUUCAGAAUGGCUCGGCGGCUCUCUCCCAUCUGGCGGCGGAGCCUUGCCGACCUUCUCACCACCCUCAGGGCUCCCGGUCCCCCGACCAACUCUGCCACCACUAUCUGGCAUUACUGACCUCAAUUUUGGCAGCAACGCUGCGCUUCCGGGUGGAUACGGUCCGUUAUCGAUGGGGCCGUCAAUGGGGCCGCAGUAUGCCCAAAAGCAUGAAUAUGAUCAGCAGCAAAGUCCCUGGGCUUUCUCAUCACAGAGCCAAACCCAGUCUACACGGAGCAGUUCCCACCCAGAUGCCAUGAAUUGGACCUCGGAUGCGCCAUCACAGAAUAGAGUCGGCUCAUGGGUAUUGGAUCAGGGUUCUCCCCCCGAUAGCACCGCGCGUUAUCGUGGCAUGGAUCAAAUCCUCGCUCCCCUAGAUUCUCCAGGUUUGAGAUCGCCUCCCACCACCUGGACAGGAAUCACGGCGGACGGAGCCCUGGUACAGCAUCUACUUGCUCUGUACUUUUGCUGGGAAUAUCCGACAUUCGCCUCGCUGAGCAAGGAGCAUUUUUUGAAAGAUUUCCUCGAUGGCCGGUCUCGAUACUGCUCUCCCAUACUGGUCAACGCGUUGCUUGCCCUCGGCUGCAGAUUCUCAACGCAACCCAACACACGUGCCAAUGCCAAUGACCCAACAACGUCUGGCGACCAUUUCUUUGCAGAAGCGCUACGGCUUUUUGCCAAAGAAAGUAACCACCAUAAUCUCACAACAAUCCAGGCCCUAGGAAUCAUGUCUAUAAGAGAGGCAAGUUGCGGAAGGGACUCGGAAAGUUGGUAUUAUGCAGGGCAAAGUGUACGUCUGGCGAUAGAGCUUGGCUUGCACAGACUUAGUGGCGAUGUAGACUCUGAUGAACUUGCCGUCCAAGCAGCAACCUUUUGGGGUGCAUUUGCUUUGGAUCACGCAUGGUCUCUUGCCACCGGCUCAUUGCCACAGUGUUCCUGUUUCCCACAUUUGCCUCCCAAGCCAACCAUUAUUGACGACAUUGAGGCUUCCCUGUGGGUUCCAUACACGGAUAAUGGUUCUGAUCGAUUAGGUGCACCCCUGCAACGGUCUUGUGAGCAACCGUCUAAUGUGCGCUCCGUCUACAAAUGCUUCUGCGAAUUGAGUGAACUUGUCCACAAAUCCCUCUAUGUACUUCACUCACCUGGCAAGCCAGUUACUAGCCGCGACCUGCUAAACACGUACACGCAGUAUCUCAACUGGUAUGAUAGAAUACCCGAGGUACUGCGGCUUGGAACAAAUUUUACGCCUGCCGUGUUGUUCGCUCACAUGUAUUACCAUUUUGCCAUCUUGCUUCUAUUUCGACCGCUCAUCAAAUUACGAAUCAUUGGAUCCAGCGUAACGCCUCGCGACGUUUGCGCACAAGCCGCCGACGCAAUCCAAGGCUUGUCGAGAUCAUAUUCUCAGCUAUACACUUUGCGGCGGACACCAUCUUUCGUCCCUUACUUUGUGUUGACGGCUGCGAUCAUGCACCUCGCUGUCGGGGCCUCGCACCCGCCGGCUCAGGUUGAUACACCGGGCUCCGGUAUAGCUGGGCUUAUGAACAAGCAUGAAGAGGCCGCGAACCAUGCGCAACCGCGACGUUCGUCAUCCAGCACAGCAGGGCCCCCAUCACCGUCCAGCACUGCCACGGCCAAGCUCACUCCGCGUGCGGUGGAUGCCAUCAAUCAAGGUAUUGCCGACUUGACCGAGAUGGCCCCAUGUCACCACUUUGCGGAACAAGCCCUCCACAUAUUGCGAUAUCUGGCCAAAAAAUGGAAUAUACCGGUCAAGAUACCGCCGCCAGAACACGCGCUGUCUCAUGAAGAUUUGAAUCAACUCGUCAGGCCACAAACGAGCAGCCUGAAUUUCUUCGUUCCUAGCGUCGCAGAAGACGACUUCAUGUGUGCCUGGGGUACAGGCACUUCGGGCACAUCGACGUCUCUGGCGCACGGCCUCCCUGGCCCAGGCGCUGGAGAGGAAACUCAAACUUACAGCCGCCCCAGGCCAAAAACUACGAAUAGCGAUCAGAGUCGACCGGCAGAGGGCGCAGAGCAGAUACAAGGCAGUCCACCGCACCCGAGGAUGGAGACCGAACUGGGCGCUGGGCCCAUGGCGCAUACCGCAAAGAGCAUCGAGAACCCGCUUUUCUGGCCGUUCCCAAUGCAAGGACGGCCAAUGUUGCCUUCGGGACGAUUGCUCGAGGAAGCUGGUUUUGCGCUGUUAUAG